AAUAUUUUUCAGAAUGGUAAACCCAAGCCGUCCAGUUCUCCUGCCGACCGAACUCGCGAUAUCAUAGCUGCUCGUGCUGCUCUCGAGUUCCGCGACGGAAUGUAUGUUAAUCUCGGUAUUGGAAUUCCAACGCUGGCACCCAGUUAUAUACCCGAUGGUGUACAUGUCCACCUUCAGAGUGAAAAUGGUGUUAUAGGAGUGGGUCCCUAUCCUCAGAAAGGUCAAGAGGAUCCCGAUCUCAUCAAUGCAGGAAAGGAAACAAUUACAUUGACCAAAGGUGCCUCUAUAUUUGGAAGUGAGGAGUCGUUCGCUAUGAUUCGAGGAUUCACACAUGGAUAUCACGAUUCUUGGCGCUCUACAAGUUUCUCAGUUUGGAGAUCUCGCGAACUGGAUGAUACCUGGCAAAUUAGUGAAAGGAAUGGGUGGAGCCAUGGAUUUGGUUUCUGCUCCGGGAGCUCGUGUGAUUGUCACCAUGGAACAUUGCUCGAAGAAUGGCGAACCCAAAAUUCUACCUCAUUGUGA